UGUGUGGCCACGUCAGAUAUAUCUUAAAGACGAGUAGACCAGAACCAUGAACGGAUAACUCGAAAGAAAACCAAAGAAAAUGUCUACAAUUUCACUCCCGCUCAGUCUCCGCUCCUCAUUAUCUUCAAAACGCAGCCGUUUCUCAGUCCCUGAGCCUCACCAACCGAUUAAAAUCACUUGUUCUUCAGAUGGGUCUAAAUCAAAGCCAUGGAAGGAACUUCAAAGUGUGGCUUGUGGUCUUCUUGCUGCUUGGGCUGUCACUUCUGUAUCACCUGUAAUGGCCGCUGGUCAGAGGCUGCCCCCACUUUCAACAGAUCCCGAUCGUUGUGAAAAGGCAUUUGUUGGGAACACAAUAGGUCAAGCCAAUGGUGUUUACGACAAGCCAAUUGAUCUUCGCUUUUGUGAUUAUACAAAUGACAGAUCCAAUCUGAAAGGAAAGACGCUUUCAGCCGCACUUAUGUCAGAUGCCAAGUUUGAUGGCGCUGAUAUGUCAGAAGUCGUAAUGUCAAAGGCUUAUGCUGUUGGAGCUAGCUUCAAGGGUGUGGACUUCUCAAAUGCUGUGUUAGAUAGGGUUAACUUUGGGAAAGCCAAUCUCCAAGGAACUGUAUUUAAGAAUGCUGUACUAUCGGGCUCUACUUUUGACGAAGCAGAACUGUCCGAUGCCGUUUUUGAGGAUACUAUAAUAGGCUACAUUGAUCUUCAGAAGCUUUGUAGAAACACAACCAUCAAUCCUGAUGGAAGAGACGUUCUUGGAUGUCGGUGAUUUCAGUUCAUCUUCUUCUUUUUGCUCUUGUGAUUAAUAGAUGUCGGUUUACAAUAUAAUCUACGUUGCACGGAAAAUAUUCAUCUGCUGAAUUUCGGUGUUUUAUUUUCCAUUUUGGAAAAGGUUUCUUGAAUACCAAAACUUUAUAUUUAUAAUCUUGUAAAAAAUAUCGAUCCAUCGUUUUUUAUUUCAGUAGUUUUCAUUUCGACGUUC